AUGGUGUAUCUGGGUAGACCCUCCAAGGGUUGUCAGAUGUGUAGGACCAGGAGGAUAAAGCCAACAUGCAACCAGUGUGCCAAGGCCCGUCGACAGUGUCCGGGAUACAGAGACGAAUUUGAUCUUCUACUUCGAAACGAAAACCAGGCGGCAGCCAGGAGGGCACUGAAAGCCAACACCGCCGCUGCUUCAUCCAGCAGCAGCAGCAGCAGCAAGAAAGCCACUGCUUCCAACAAGAACGCACAACCGCACCCCCGGCAGCAGGCAUUACAACUCUCUAGAUCCCAGACAGUAGCACUCACCAACUCUCUCAGCAUCCCAGUUGAAGACCUCGCCACUUGUCACUUCCUAUCUAAUUUUGUUCUGGUCCCGCCGCAAGAACAACACUCGGCAAGAGGGUACAAUCACUUUCUGCUUCCCUUGCUGCAGCAGUACUCGAACGGCACGAACAGAGAAGAAAUCACGCACCUCCAGCACGCAUUCAACGCCUGUGCUUUGGCUUCACUGGGGGAGAGAUAUGGAGCCCCCAGCCCCGGCCGCGGGCAUGGGCGUUUAACAACAGGAAAAGAAAAGGAGACGCUCCUUCGAAAGGGGGCUGAAGAAUACACGCUUGCUCUGAUGGCCACAAAUGCGGCUCUGAGGGAUCCAAUUCGGUGUAAAGAGGAUGGAACCCUGGCAGCUGUUUUGUUGCUGGGCAUGUUUGAGAACAUCACCGCCAGACAAGACACCGGGUCAGCCUGGGGUUCCCACGUCGAGGGAGCAGUCCAGCUCGUCAAGGCCCGAGGGAAGAAACAGCUCAAGUCAAAGCUGGGGGUGCAGUUAUUUGUCGUUGUACGGUCACAGCUAAUCAUCCACAACUUCAUCACUGCCACACCCCUCCCCAUGGGGGUUUCAUGGUGGUUAAACGAGGACGCAAACUCGGAUCCAACUGCCAACGCGUGCGAGCGACUCAACCUCUUGACGGCCGAACUGAGAAGCGAGGCGUACGGCUUCUUCUCCAGCCCACUAUCGUUCUCCUCCUCGCCAGCAUCCAUCGCCGCGGUCGAAGAGUUCCUCGCUCGAGCUCGAGCCCUCGAUGCCGAGGCUGUCGAAUGGUUCGCCACUUUACCCCGGUCCUGGCAAAUCGAAUCCAUCCCGUAUUCGUCAUCCGGCAACGAGAAUAUUUUUCCUGGUGUUGCGCAUGUGUACCCGGAUAUGUGGACCGCAGCCAUCUUCAACCUCGCACGUGCUACUCGAAUGGUGCUCAUGUCGAUCAUCGUGCGGUGUGCCGCGUUUUUGGUCCGGCCGGGAGACUAUCGGACCACGGCAGAGUAUGCCUUUGCCGCGAGGACGGCGAGCAGUGUGGUGAGUGAAGUGAUUGCGAGUGUUCCAUAUCAUCUUGGGCAUCUCCCGCCACGGAAAGACAAGAGGGGGAAUCCAAUAGAAAACAGUCUUAAUGGUAGAGGGUUGGGGGGGUAUUUCUUGACGUGGCCAUUGGCGUGUGUCGUUACUCACGAUCAUGUAACUGAUGCUCAACGGGAAUAUGUGCGGGGACGGUUGAGGUAUAUCGGGGAUGAGCAUGGGAUCAAGUAUGCGAGGGUGCUGUUUGGGGUUAACCUCAGGCUUCCGAGUAUGCUUAUCUUUAAGGAUGGAAAGCUUGCCGCUGCGGCGGCUGCAAGUAAAAUCCCGGGGGCGAACAGUGUUGGGGGUUCGGCCGGUGCUGUCAUGCGUGCGGCGGGUCUCACGAGUAGACUCAGAUCGGUGUGA